CACUGUUAGAUCUCGCCACGAUCUCCGUCCGUACAAUAUCCGGCGUGUUUUCCGGUCACUUCGACGCCGGGAAGUUCAUCGAUCUCCUGUCCGCGGAUCGACCGGUUAUUAACUUCAGUGAAGUACAGAAAGGUGUGAGCUUGAGCAGUUGUGUGUUUAUAAUUGGAAUGCCAAUGUGCAUUGUUGGUGGAAAGAGAUUCGUAUCGAGUAGUGUAAAUAGUUCUUUAACUGGAUCCUUGGAAAGGAAGUGCAGCAGCCUCAGUGGAGAGGAGUUUGAAGUGAAGCAACAAAAAUGUCUUUUCAGAAUCAGGGAUUUUGGAUGCCAAAGGGUACCGGCUGUUUAAAUGAAGGUGAGGCGCUGUAUGAUAAUUCUUCUAGGAUUGAACCUAAGCGUUCUCAUCAGUGGUUCAUGGAUGGCCCUGAGGUAGAGCCAUUCCCCAACAAGAAACAGGCUGUUGAAGUUCCAAACAACAAUCUAUUUUCAGGAAUGUUGAACGCAAAUGUUUCUCCAUGGGGGAAUGUUCCCAGUUUUCACUCAUUCUCUGGCCAUUUCACUGAAAGGUUGUUUGAUUCUGAAACAGACCGAGCUGUGAAUUUUGAUGAUAGAAACAUUCCCGCAGCUGAAACUGAAAAGAUGAACUUGGCUAGAAAAGUUAAUGAGGAUCUAUUUGGGAAUGAUUCCUCAUUCAGUUUAUCUAUGUCGCAUACACUGGAAGAUCCUAGAACAAGUCCUAAUUAUGGUGGGUUUAGAAAAGUCAAAGUUAGUGAGGUAAAGGAUUCUGAGAAUGUCAUGCCUGUUUCGAUUGGACAUGCUUAUAAUCAGGGGGAUAAUGGUGCCAUGUUGGCAGCUCAUGUUUACAAGGCCGAUGACAACACAGCAUCAAUGGGUCUCGCUUAUAAGAAAGGGGAUGACAGCUUCAUAUCUAUGAGUGAUACCUAUAACAGGGCAGAUAACAAUUUCAUAUCAAUGGGACAACCCUUUCACAAAGGGGAUGAAAACAUAUCAAUUGGUCAAACAUACAAGGAGAGUAAUAACACCCUAUCAAUGGGUCAGACAUUCAACAAGGGUGACAAUAAUAUCAUCUCUAUUGGCCAAACCUACAAUAAGGUAGAGGAAAGUACCAUAUCAGCUGGUCAUAUCUACAAUAAAGGGGAAGACAGUACCAUAUCAAUGGGUCAUGCCUACAGCAAGGGUGACAGCAAUAUGUUAUCAAUUGGUCACUCUUAUAACAACCGAGAAAGUACUAUCAUAUCCUUUGGCGGAUAUGAUGAUGAUGAUGCACAUACCUCGGCAAUCUCUGGUUAUGAACUUCUUAUGGGUCAACCAUUUCCAAAAACAGAAGCUAUGAAUGAGAAAGAGUUGGGCAAAUCAAAUGCUGAUGCACUUGUCAAUUUACCUCAUAUAACUACUAGAAAUGAAAAUAUUUCUAAAAAGAAAGUUGAACAAAAAAUGUCUAAGAAGGUUCCUCCAAACAACUUCCCUUCAAAUGUGCGAAGUUUGCUAUCAACUGGUAUGUUGGAUGGAGUUCCUGUAAAGUAUACUGCCUGGUCGCGGGAGAAGGAGCUGCAGGGUGUGAUUAAGGGUUCUGGGUAUCUAUGUGGCUGCCAGUCAUGCAACUUCUCCAAGGUAAUCAAUGCAUACGAAUUUGAGCGUCAUGCUGGUUGCAAAACAAAACACCCAAAUAAUCACAUAUAUUUUGAGAAUGGGAAGACUAUCUAUGGGAUUGUACAAGAGCUCAGGAGCACACCCCAGAAUAUGUUGUUUGAAGUUAUUCAGACUAUUACUGGUUCACCUAUCAAUCAGAAAUCCUUCCGUCUUUGGAAAGAAUCCUUUUUGGCAGCAACACGUGAACUUCAGCGUAUAUAUGGCAAGGAUGAGGGGAAGCAAUUUUCAUGAAGCAAGCUUGUUGGAAUUGCAAGGCAGGAUCAUCUUUGUUUUGUGCAUACAAGUAAUCUUUUUUGGCUAUAACUCGGUACUCGUUGACGGUGGCUUCACCACUAACACAAGGGCUUGGGCUCGGGGUAGUUAAGUGAAGGAAAAUGUGUUAUUGUAAAUCUCUGUGAUGAACCUUAUGCUCUUAGAAUAGAGCCUCUGUUCUUGAUCGUUGGAUAUAUGAUGACAGGUUGUAGUUUGUAACGGUCUUGAAGGAAAUGAAAUUUAAGAUAUUUUGUUA